CCAAAAGCAAUUCUUUGUUUGAAAGGAAACCUGGAGUGUGACAGCAAUACUCUUCAAACAAGUAUGAGCAGUAAGCCGACAAAGGCUCUAUCUAAGGUGGAGUGAAGUGGAAAAUACAAUGAUGUCGUUCGAAAGCUUUUGUAUUUUAAGCUCCGUGGCGCUGUAAGUUCGUUGAGACAACUUCGUGAUAUGCAGUUUUUGGGAUAUAUGCGAUCCGUAGAUCGAAAACCAAGAUCUCAGCAGCGACUGUGAGCGACAGUAAAGUGUCAACAUAUGUGUGUGUGAAGUGAUGUGUGUGCGUGCAGUGUGUGUCUCACAAAUGAGGCGUCGCAGGCUGUGGAACCAUCACGCGGCGGCUAUACAGUGACAUUCAUGAUGCGUGCGCUUGCGCUGUGGAUUUUGGUCUCAGGAUGUGUUGUGAUUGCAUCAUCACAACAGCCGCCAGGAUUCAACCUGCCCGCGAUCGUCCACGUUGACCGCAACUGGUUCGUAAGGUCGAACGCUCCCAAGGGGUUCCCUGUUACCACAGCGUACACGACGAGCGACGAGCCUGUCACCUACGGGCUGGAGACCAAUGGCCCCCCAGCACCGUUUGUCAUUGACCCCCAGACAGGAGUCGUUACUGUUAAUGACACGCUUACUGAUAAGGAAAACCGUUCUUACUCGUUAUGGGUAACGACUGUCGGCGGAUCGAUACCCCAACGCACAGAAGUCUACGCGACCAUAACCGACACAAAAGGGAGAAGACCAGAAAUACCUCGUCCUCCAGUGCAGGGAUACUUCAACACCUACGAUCCUAUGCGGCUACAACCAAAAGAUAUUCCACCUCUAUUAACCACCAAAGCAACUACUGUGUAUGAAGAAAUUACUGUACCUGAAACAACAGUCGGCACUACACUUAGCCCUCCGAAGCCACCUGAAGAUAACCCUGAGAUUGAGAAUAAGGUCGCUGGAGAUGACACCAAUAAGAGUAGUGAGGCGAAAGAGGAGUCUAUUAAGAAUGGUGAUGUGUCGCUCACGAUGAUCCCACUGGUCGCGAUCGGGAGCCUUGUUGUCAUUGUUAUUGUCGUCAUAAUUUAUGUAUGGAAGAAGAACUAUCCGCGCAAAUCGGAAAAGAAGGAUAAGGAUGACAUGAGUAAGGAUUCGAGUGGCAUCGUCCUUCAAGACGCCUCACUCAACAUGUGGGAGCGGCCGCGGGCCAACUCCAAUCGUUACGAAUGCUGGGACAACAACCACUUGCAGCUGUCCGAAGAGACUUCGAUCACGAAAGAAGAGCCGCAGGAUGAGUGGGAGUUCCCCAGGCAUCGGCUGAGGAUAUUCAACAUAGUCGGAGAAGGUGCCUUCGGCCAAGUGUGGCGCGCACAAGCCAUCGAUAUUGAUGGUAAAAAAGGCGAACAAACAGUUGCUGUGAAAACGCUCAAAGAAAACGCAUCGGAGAAAGAGAAAACAGAUUUAAUACAAGAGCUACUUGUGAUGAAGAACUUAGGAUCACAUCCCAACGUGGUUAGACUUAUAGGAUGCUGUACUGACAAAGAACCAACGCUAGUUAUAAUGGAAUUCGUCAGUCUCGGCAAACUGCAGCAGUUCUUACGAGAUUCCAGAGCUGAGCGUCAUUACGGCAACACGCAUGGGGGUAGUCAGUUCCUCACCUCAAGAGACCUGACACAUUUCGCUUACCAAGUCGCUAGGGGCAUGGACUUCCUCAGUUCCAAAGGGAUAAUCCACAGAGACUUAGCUGCCAGGAAUGUCCUUAUUACGGAAGAGAGGACGUGCAAGGUGGCCGACUUCGGGUUCGCGAGAGACGUGGCUGGCACCCACGUUUACGAGAGAAAGAGUGAUGGACGUCUUCCUAUAAGAUGGAUGGCGCCGGAGUCUCUAUACGACGAUAUAUUUAGUGUUAAAUCAGACAUUUGGAGUUUUGGUGUUCUAUUAUGGGAGAUAGUCACUCUUGGUUCAACGCCGUAUCCUGGAUUAUCUGCUGGCGACGUCAUGAGAAAGGUCCGCGAAGGUCACCGUCUAGAGAAGCCGGAGCACUGUCGUCGCGAACUAUACAACAUCAUGUAUUAUUGCUGGGAAGCUGAGCCAUCAGCAAGACCGGACUUCAAAGAGGUAGUGUCAAUGCUGGAACGACUGCUUUGCACGGAGAUGGACUACAUAGAACUGGAAAGGUUCCCAGAUCACUCGUAUUAUAAUGUACAACAUCUGGAUGGGGAGAAACUAUAGUUAAAUAUUGUAGUCAUUUUUAUACGCAAAUAAAUGGGAAUCACUAGAAAUUAUAGUUAUAAAGAGACUAAUUUUCGCUCGUAGCUUCGCCCGCGUGAAGUUUUCCGGGAUAUUUUUUUCUGACUUACUUGAUGUAUCGUUAUAUUAUGACAAAAUUACACAUAAUCAUUAUAAAUUGUAACCUAUGUGUUAUUCUAAUGUAUAACCAAUAUUACUGUAAAGUUUCAUCCUAAUCCGUUUAGUAGUUUUUUCGUGAAAGAGGAACAAACAUACAUCCAUACAACCACCCUUACAAACUUUCGCAUUUAUAAUAUUAGUAGGAUAACACUGUUUUACUUUUUAUAAAAAAAUCUAGUUAUAGUAUUUCUUAACGUUGACGUGCAUCCGAAAAGUAGUGCAAACACAGAAGUAUAACUUAAUUAUUAUUAUAUUUCCGUUUAAGAACAACAUAUAAUUUAUAUAUGAUAUUUUUAAAUAGUUAAACAGAUAAUUUAUAGUGAUUCACAUUUACUUUAAUAUAUAAAUAUAAGGGUGUUCAUGUACUAAGAACCAAACAGCUAUUUAUCCGUCCGUCUAUACCAAACAUUCCAAUAUGCAUGAGGACAGUUACAAAUUGGAAUUUUAAAAUUUAUUUUACGGUUGAUACCCGUAAGGCCCUAAUUUGCUUGCUUCCCGUUUAAUUCUUGCUAACCAUAUCAACGCUCGAAAUAUAAUUAUAUCUAAGCGACAAAUAUACCCAAAGUUAUAUAUAUCACUGGAAUAGUAAAAUAUUUCAGCGUCGUUGUAUAGGUUUCGUAGCCCUAGAACAGUUUUCAUAUUAAUAUAUUUAUUUAAUGAUUUCUUAUGUUUACGCGAAUGUUAGACAUUGAAAUAAAACUAAAAACUAUUUAACAUAAUAAUAAUAAAUAAGUAAGGAGAAAAUAAUAAUAUAAAAAACCGCG